CGUUCCUGAAAUUUGAGAUCCCACUUACUAGUUUAUCAGAGGCAAAGCUGGAUGAUGGGUAUGGAACUGAAGUUGAUGGGAAUGUGUUUGAGGAGGUGGUGAAAUGGCCAGAUCUUGGUGUUUUCAAGCUCACACUGAACAAUCAUGCUAAAGGUAUGUGCUGGUUUUCAAGUCUUGGUCACUUUCAAUAUAAACAUCCAUUUGACAUGCCUGUAUUGUCAUCUUUGUAUAUUUCAGAACAUUCCCUGAUGAGUCCUGUCUCUGCCAGUUCUGUGAUGGGUGGUUCAGACUAUGAGUCGGAUGAUACAAUCAUUUUGAGCGAGGAUGGAAGCCCCUCACGAAAGCGUCAAAUAUCUAAUAAUGAAGCAAAAAAUGUAAGUUUGUAAUUAAUUCUUCAAUUCACUUGCCAUCAAAUGGCUUUUUCACUGCUGUUUUUUUACAGCUAAAAGAGAGCAUACUGAAGAAAAAGCCUGGUGGAGAGGUUGUUAUCAAGGUAUACUCCAAAACUAAAAGCCUGACUGACUGCACCAGACGAAAGAUGAUCAACAUUCUUGUUUCGGCUAUGACAGAGACGGGUAAGUUUAAAGGAAAGAUUCGUAAUGAAAAUUGUUGAGCAUUACUUGCUUCCAUAUCUGCUGAAUGUUAAUGACUUCUUAUCAGUAUCUCAGUCACAUAAUUGGUUAGGCUACUGCUGACCAUCCGCUACUAUUGGUAGAAUAUUUAUCUUGUACCAAACUUGAUGGGCAUGAUACUGCUUCAGAAAUCACUCCUGAUAUGUAGCUGACGGGAGAUUCUGUUUGGUUAUUUGUUUUUUCUUUCAAGAUUAGUAACCAUGCUCAUUUUCUUAAGGAUCAUUAUUAUGACCCUAAUAUUGGAGAAGGGUACCUCUCGUAUAGAAUCAAAACCGUUCAGAGGAAUUUGGCUUCAUCUGAGAAAUGACCCACUCAACUAUACUCUGGAGGGUCAACUGCUGAGAGGGAGUCCAGUUCAUCCACUUUGGUUACCCUGAGUGAAGACCAGUGCAGAGAGGCCAUUUCUCUUAUGAAGCAUUCUUCUGAUGAAGAAACAGUCAAACAGAAGAUUAAAUUGACCUUUGAGUACAGGAAGAAGAUGACCCACGACCCGAGUAAAUGCUCCACCAUCCUAACCGAAUUUCCACGCUUUCUGGAUGUGAAGAGC